CAUAAUUUUACCUGCGGAUGUUUCAGAAAACGAGUUUAGAAAGCCGCCCCUAGAUUUUGUGAAUUAAAUUGGUUUUCAAGUAGCCUUUUCCUUACCUCAAAUAUGGCUGAGAAGAAAAUAAGCUUCGGUUUCAGUAAAACCGUCAAAAAAACUCCACUACAGGCCGGUCCAGCGGCAAGUGUUUCGGCAAGUAAGAACGACUCAAAACAGUUUAUCGAGUGUUUAGAGGAGAACACGAUCAAAACUGUUGGCACAGCGGAAGAACCAGCUGGGCCGCUGGUGAUCCCGCUGCGAGCGGAGGAUAAAAUCACAAUCCCGGACCGUUUGGCGAAAGUGGAGAGCGUCAAGCAGGAAAAGCAGCAUCGCUUAAGUCAUAAACAAACACCAGAAGCAAAUAUUGAAAAAACUAGUACAGAGGUAGCUCCAGCUCCACUGAACGAAACGCUUGAUCAACGGGCUGCCCGCGAAAUCGUGGAAGCCACAAAGCAAGCCAAUAAUAGUGUGAACGAACAGCAGAACUUCGUGGUACCGCUACUACCGGAAGAACUACCCCUGGACGGGGCACAGCAAAGCACGCUUGAUGAUUAUGAGACGAUACCGAUUGAAUCUUUUGGUAUGGCUAUGCUCCGUGGUAUGGGUCUAAUAGAGGAUCCAAAGAAGGUGGAGGAAAAAGGAGGCCUACCCGACGUUGGACCAGUAAUGCGCCCAAAAGGACUAGGACUGGGUGCCGAUCGAUCAAAGUUAUCGAAAGCCCUGGAUGCACAGUUAAUACCAGCGGCGCCAGGUGAAGUGUUAGUUAUGAAAACCGGUGCCCAAGUGAAGGUCCUGGCCGGUAAACAUCAAGAUAGAUACGGAACGGUUGGAAGUAUCGAUGAGGAAACAGGACGAGUGAUGGUAAAGUUUACGUUAGGUGGGAUAAUGGAUUGGGUCAAUGAGUACAUGGUUAUGCUAGUAUCAAGGGAGGAAUACAACAAACAUGCAAAAGUGUUGAAUGCAACAAAGUACGAAGAAUGGAAGAGUCGUGGACAAUUGGAUGAAAGAAGAUUACAUUCACCGGAUAUCGAUAGAAAAAGCAGGCAAAAGGAUAGUCAACGAUCGGGCCCAUCACGUUCUCCACCUCGAGUGAGGGAAAUCAGUGGCCAGGGGAGAAACAGAACUUCUUCGCAAAGAGAGUCUCCGAGUGAGGGAAGUACUUCCGACAGUGAGGAUCGUCAUAAACGAAAGCAUAAAAAAGCUUCGUCUUCGUCGAACGUUCGAACGUCGUCUGGUACAAAAAAGAAAUCACACAAGUACAAACAACGCCACAAUGAUCAUCGUCGGCAUGGAUCGGACUCAGAAUCAGACGACAGGCAUCAUAAGAAGAAGACGAAGAAAAGUAAAAAACCCAGAAGCCGUUCGCGCAGUCGCCGCUAGAGAAGAACGACGUAAUCCAACAAGUACCUGUACCGUUCUUGGCAAUCGUUAUGUCCUUCUACAUGGUGAUUGUCAGGUUUUCACGUUGCAGAGGCGAUCAUCCGCCUGACAAUCCCCAUAUCUAUGAGGAUUGUCAGGCGGAUCGGUUAUUGCAGGUGAGUAAAAAAACAUGGAAAAAUCCCAAGGUGCACACCUCAUACAGAUUUACUGGCGCAUCGUAGCAAUCAAAGUCAUAAUAA